AUGAAGAUCGAGACUGUAGCAGUCAUUGUUGCCCUUGCCGAUGGUGGUCUUACUGCCCCUAAACCAGAGGCGGAUGCCGCACCUGAACAGAACAGGGUCAAUGUGGCUACUGUUGACGACGCCAACGUAGAACAGACUGGUGUGAUGUACGAUUCACUUCGUCCAAGGGACAAUCAAGAGGUGCAAGCAGGUCCAUACCGUCGCCGCGGUGUUAGUGGACGUCAAGGUGGCGUACGCGGAGGACGUGGCAGAGGACGGGGCAGAGGACGUGGCGGGUGA